AUGCCUAACCCCCUGUGCGAAAAGUCAAACGGUCAACUCAUCCUGACUAUUCCCCUCAUAAUCUUCAUGGACAAUGUCUCUGGGAAUGUAUCGAAGCAGUGGAACAAACACCAUGCGGUGUACAUGUCUAAUGCCUCCAUGCCAUGUGAGAUGCUUGAAAAGGAAUUCUGUGUUCGUUUUAUCAUCAAAGCCAUCAAAGAGUCAAUCGGGGCUGCCACGGACAAGGGCAUUGUUGCGUACGACUGCAAAUACAGAGAUGAGGUUAUGCUCAUCCCUUAUGGCCUAUUUGAAGCAGGAGAUAACCCUAUGCAGGUGGAAGAGUGUAGCCACGGCAGUUUGCACUGCAAUUACUUCUGUCGCACAUGCAAAGUAGGAGAGAUGACAUCUAUGAAACAGUCUGAUGAAGGGUAUCUUAAACUAUUCAAAAUUGGAGAGCUUCGUCGACCAGAAGAAACAAUUCAGCAGAUUCUCGAGCAGAUUGAGCUUUUGAAGUUGUCUGGUGGAACUACAAAAGUCCAGAAUGCUGUCUCGUCGACUGGCACCCACAACACUAUCUCUGCAUCAAUUGUGAACCACCUCCUGGAACUCAGGAAACAGAGAUUGGAGAGGGAGUUCGAGGAAAUGCUGGGCAGUCUCUCUGUGGAAGAUCAUAUUAACCCUUUGCUUAGCAUGACAGGGCUCAAUGUCCAUCAAGACAUGCCAACAGAGAUUCUCCAUAUCAUUCUCCUUGGCAUUGUGAAGUACUUUUGGGGUCAGACUAUCUGGAUCCUCGACAAAGCACACCUCAUCAAGAUAUUUCAAACCAGAUUGGACAACAUCAACAAAGAUGGCCUUAAUUCACCCACUCUUAGUCUUGCUCAGCUCAUGCCUUUUCUUAUAUAUGAUCUUGUUCCAUCUACUGUCCUGAAUGGAUGGACCGUCAUUGGACAGCUGGUGGUCUUGCUGUGGCACACGAGAAUUGAUGAUGUCAAGGAAUAUCUGGUAUGCUACCUUUCCCAACCCUGA